UUUUGGUUUUCUAACUUUGUUUAUAAUUGGUUCUCCGCAAAAUUUUCAGUAACCAGUGACUGACAUUAAUUAACCAAGCUCUUGAUAAUAAUGUUAUAAAAUUACCAUCUAAAUAAUUAAUAAGAUUCAUCUGGCAAGAUGUACUACGAUGAGAAUAUCACCGACGUACGGCUACCUGCCAGUUUGUUUUCUGCACCUGCGAUGGAGAUUUCUUGCGCGAGUAUCAGCGUUGUUUCGGGCCUACCGUUGAGUGAGAAUUGUGUGGAGGAACCUGCCAGCGACGUGCCUUUACCAGCAGCGUACGAUGAUCGUAUGGCCUUGGCGCUGAAGGCUUGUAGAACGGGGAACCUGUCACAGUACGCUGCAGCGAAAAAGUACAAGGUUCCUUACUCUUCGUUCUGGAAUAAACUGAAGGGCGUGCGUACGGAAAAGAAAGGCGCACAUAUGAGAAAAUUUUCGGAAGCCGAAGAAAACUACAUCGAAAAUCUGCUGCUGAAAUGUGCGGAGAACGGCAUCCCUCUGGAUAAAAGAUUUUUAAAGCGGAUUGUGCCGUUACUGACCAAAUAUAAAGAUGUGCCCAAAAAUCGAAAGAUGUUUUCGUCAUACUGGCAUCGCGAAUUUCUUAAAAGGCACCCGAAAAUUGCUCAGCGAAUUUCACACAGCGUUUCCCGAAAAAAGGCUAAAGAGUGGACCGUGGAGAAUCGGGAGGGUUGGAUACAACGAUUGAGUGAGCUUAAUACCGAGGGCCUGCUGCUUGAUCCUGCAGGAAUCUGGAAUUUUGACGAGUCAGCGUUCCAGGUAGCGGAAAAAGUGACGACGGUAUACGCCAAGCGGGGGGUAAAGGAGGUCCUUUCGUACUAUGACGGUAACGACCGCGAACUAAUCACGGUGUUGGCGGGCGGCAAUGCGGCUGGAGAAAUUCUGCGACCAUUAAUUUUAUUUGACGGCAAAGUUUUCCUUGCUUCUCGUUUUGACGGCACAGACGACAGAUGUCAUAUUGGCUUUAACUCGUCAGGCGUGAUGGAUAAUUCAACUUUCACUUCAUAUAUCAGAGAAGAAGUCAUCCCCAAAAUGACGGCAGCAAAAAAUGUUAUUUUUCUCGAUGGGCACAGCUCUCAUAUGUUCAAUCUGGAGUUUUUAUCGGAGUGCAUGAAGUCUGACAAAGAUAUUACCGUUGUCAUACUGCCGUCUGGUCAGACCGGGAAGUUGCAACCCAUGGAUCUGAAGGUGUACGGCCCUGUUAAAAAAUAUUGGCGGGAUUAUUUGCGACUGAUGACCCUUAUCGCUGAAGAAGAGGUUAACAAACAAAACUUCGCUCGUCACCUUGUGAAAAAAUGGGAUGAAUUUAACAUGGCCGCCAAUAUUAUUUCAGGGUUUGCUUCUUCCGGAAUCUAUCCGUUCAACCCGGAUGCGGUCUGCCGAGCUUACGUAGAGCCUGUUCCAAGCCAAUUUCUAUCAGACGUUCCCAUUUCUGUUGCCACCGUAUACGUGAGCGAGCUGGAAGUUAUACGCACAAAUCUUCGAAAAAUUCCACUUUUGACUGAAGGACAGAUAGAAGAGAUUGUGGCGUUCACAAUCUCUAAAGCAGAAGGUUUUCUUCCAUCGGUUGCAGCUGACAAAGUGGCUGCAGAUUGGCACCAUAAUUUCAUGAGCGCUCAUCCUCAGAAAAAGAGAAAACUUAAAGAUUCUCGUCUGCGCGCCGAAGCAGGGCUUAUUGCGACGGACAGUAAAGUAAUCGCAGCGCUCGAGCAACGGGAAGCAGAAAAAUUGCUGCAGAAAAAUAAGCGAAAAAGAAACACUCGUAGCGGACUUAGCGAUGUGACAAAUACUCCGACUAAAAUUAAAAAAUCUUUCAGAAUGGGUAAAAAGUGAGUCCUCUGAAAUUUCACAUGUGGUUCUACAAAGUCAAAGUUUUACUGUAAGAAAUAAAGUGUGCGGUAUU